ACCAUGGGCAUUGUAUCCAGCACCGCAAAGAAACCGGGCAAAGCUAGGACCGGGCAAUCCCCCGCAUCUCUUUUAGUUCAGCAACAACGACAGCAGCAAAGCGGACACGUCAGCGAUGAGGCCUUAGAAGCAGAACUGCGCGCUGCUCAGGAAGCAGCGCUCCGGUUGACCCAGGGUGUCGACCUCCUGGCGCAGGAAAUCCGGCUGGAGCAGCAGCUGGCCGCGUUAGAUGAAGAAGGUCUAGAUGAAGAUGGCGAGGUUGCAGGCCAGCAAGGAGCUGAAGACGAGGAUGUUGACCUCGAUGGCUUGGGCUCCGAGGAGCUUGCUGAGCUCGAGGAUGAGCUGCAGGAACUAGAGCGGGAGGUACUGGGAGGGGCCGAGGAGGAGGAGGAGGCGGAGGAGGCUGCCCUGCAUGCCUCCGCUGGGGCCAGCCAGGCGGCUGAGGCGCAACCGACCCAGGCAGCAGCAGUGGCGGCGGUGGCGGCCGCCGUCACCUCCGCGGCCGAGUCGGCUGCUGCUGCGGCGGCGCUGCACCCCCGGGCGGCAGCUGCACUGGCCCGCACGGCCAGCAAGGUCGCGAGCAGGGCGGAGGCGCGCGUGGCGGCGGAGGUAGGCAGGAGGGCGGAGGUGGAGGUGGACGAGGUAGGGGCGGAAGCGGGGGGAGAGGGAGGAGCAGCGGAGGAGGAGGAACCAGGGAAAGCGGCACCGACGACAGCUUCGGGGCCAGCGGAAAGGACAGCGGAAGCUGCAGUGGAGGGAUCGUCUGGGGUGUCGGGGAGAUCAGGGGCGGAGGGGGGAGCAGACGGGGCGGCAGUGAAGGCAGCCAAGGAGGAGGAGGCGGUAGUGGAAGCAGUGAAGGAGGAGGAGGCGGCAGUGGAGGCAGCCAAGGAGGAGGAGGCAGCAGUGGAGGAGGGGGAGGGGGAGCCGGCUGUUCCCCUACUGGCGGGGUGAGGACUCCGGUAUGAGCGUGCUUCGGAUGAGUGGGGAUGUGCUGGUGAGGGCGGCUGGAUUCUAGUGGCGUGGGCGCGUAUGCAUAAAAAAGAACUACGUAUUAGGUUAAUGGCAGGCUGUUGUAAGUCAGGACUGUUACUGGAUGUAGCUUAACGCGUAGGUUAACACGGUGUCGUGAAGAGGUGCUGGAAGAGCGGGUGGCAAUCCAUUCCAGCAAGGGACAAGAGUAGGACGAGCAACGCGGAUGAGGUGAUUAUCGCGCCCUCUACUUUUAGUAAUAGUGACUAUAGUGUACGGCAAACAGGCGGGGUGGUGUGCGGCUGGGGGCUGAGGUGUGUGGCACAGGGCACUGUGUGCAUGGCUGCUGAGCGGCAGGUGCGGUCUGGCGGGGUGUAGGGACACACAUCGGUGCAUCGGGUUGUUGUCGUGGCGGCGGGUUUUCAGGUCAUUUCGGGUCAAAACAAGUAGAGCAGAGGCUGCAAUGCUGGUAGACACCUACCGCGGGGGGGGGCAUGCAGCUGUGUGGGGCAUGCAUGCAACUCGUAAGUAAACGAAAAAACUAAAAUUCGAAAGGAC